UUGAGAAAGUUUAUUCAAUAUCAGUCAACAACGAUCUCAUAUACCUCUCGUAGCUCAAAAGAAUUUUCUACGGCACACACAAUUUCCGCGUAUCCAAAAUCUCAUCGACCAUGCACGCCGCUGCUCUCUGUUUCCUAUUCGCCUGCGGAAUUUUAUCCGACAAAAUUAUUAGUCCAACUUCUGCCGGCAUCGCCGAAAUUUUGAACGAAGUAGAAGAGGUACAAACUCCUGCACAUCCGAUAGUUCAGGCGAAUUCCUUCCGUGAUGUUUUGGAGGAUAACAACGUAGGGACGCCUUGUUAUGUGGAAUAUCAAGUGACGAAACGUACUGCCGGUCGUUGCAUCAAGUUAGCUCGCAACAUUCGUGCCUGUGCCGCUGGAUCUUACCUCGAUCCCUUUCAUCCGGAGUGCAUGUAAUCGUUGAAAGCAACAAAAAUGCCACUGAAAAUACCGAAUGAAAAACGACCGAAAAACGUCCACACGGUACAUCCGAUCGUCCCUAUUAUUUAUCAUAUAAAAAAAUUGAUUAAACUAAAUGUUGAGCAUGCACAAUUAUUAUAUUUUGUUUUAAGUUAAUUUAUUAAUUUGCCUAUUUAUUGAUAUAAUCAUAUAUUAUUAUUUCGCCUUCAUGAUAUAAAUGUAAAUAUAUA